GUCCUCAUGCCUUUACCAGACGUUUCCAUCCUUCGAAGUUUCCAGAAUUGCUCUCCUAGGGGUUACUCUGAAGGCAGAGCACCACGAGAAGGCGUCGCUGGAGGGAGGGGCCACCUUCCCUGACUCUGUUGGGACAGCUGCCGUCUGGCGUUGCGACUCAGCCCCGUCAUCCAACUUCUUCCCAACCGGAGCGCCAGGCCGGAAUCGGAUCCCCCUUUCCCCGCGAGCCCUCGCCGGGGCCCGGGAGUCCCGCGCUGCGGGAACCCGCGCGGGGAGGCAGGGGGCGGGCCCGGGCGGGGCGGGGCGUGCGUGCGGUGUAGAAAGGAAGCUGCCGGCUGCGAGCUGCGUCCUCGAGCCCAGGGGACUUCGCGCACGGCCCGCGGCGGCGGCUGGCUGGCUGCCGAUCACACACCUGGGAGCCAGAGGUGACAUGGAUCUGCAUAGUGCUGCUUAUGCCGUGGAUCCCAAGGUCAGCAGUGGUCCAGGCCCCAGGGACGAGCACAUCACAAACCUGCUGGUGUUAGGCUUCCUCCAGAGCUGCUGCAGCUGCAGUUUCCAUGAAGAACUACAGGUGCUGGGUCGGGAGCUGCUCUCAGAAGCCGAGCUGGCCGACAGCUAUGACUGCUGCAGCUACGAUGAUGACGAACUGCAGACGGACGGCAACCACGCCAGCUUCCUCCAGAUGGGGAGAGCAGAGGCAGGUUCAGAGAGCCAAGAAGAGGUCAUCAGGAACAUUGCCAGGCGUCUCGCCCAAAUCGGGGACAGGAUGGACCACCACAUCCAGCCAGAGCUGCUGAACAACCUGGUGGUGGAGUUUGUGAAUGACCACUCGGAGGAGGACAGAAGGAGGCGGCUGGCAUCGGCCGUGGAGCAAGCGAUGGAGACUUGGCCUGCAGACAUGGAGAGGGAGAAGGCUACACUGAUGUUGACCAUGCUGCUGGCCAAGAAGCUAGCCGAGCAUACGCCGUCCUUGCUGCGCGCUGCCUUCCGUGCAGCAGUGACCCUGAUUAACCAGGACCUGCUCGCCUACGUGAGGAACUUAGCUGGAAAUGGCAUGGAGUGAAUGGAUGGCCACAGAAGCAAGACUGGUUACCACCUAUACCCGGACAGCAGGAGCCGCCUCCUGGGGAGCAGGAGCGUGGCCCUAUGAACUAAGUUCUUCAGAAGACAGGACCUGGAUUGUAGCUAUUUAUUUCUUAAUAUUUUCAAGGGGAUGUUUUAAGCUGGUGAUCCAUUAGGCAAUUUCUACAUGAAUAUACUUGAAUGAAAAUGUCAA